AUGCCGAGCAGUGGGGUCCCCAUCCCAAAGCGAGCUGCAGUUGAUCAGCCUGAGGAGCGCAGCAGCCAACAGCCACGCAGGCCUCAUAGGGCGAUGCGCGAGUUCGAUCGCCAGGACCACGACCAGACCCAACCCUCCAUGACAUUCAAGCAGGCACAGCAUUCGAUGGCACGAGAAGAAGGGUUUUUGGGCCAGCUGGUGCACCACUGGCAGAAUCGGUGUCUGCUAUGUCUCAGGGCCGGCAGGCCCCACGAGCACCAGUUGUGGGAUUGCGCCGACCCCCGAGCACUCAACAUGCGUGCUGAAAUUGCCCGCCACGAUGUCGGAACAGUCGGAGGUUCAACGGAUGAUAUGCCGGGUGGGGUAUUUCAAAAUGGCACCAUACGCGAAGACAUGGAUGACCUAUUGUGGGCAGCCGCGGCGUUUGUGCCAGGUGUGUAUGCAGGGGCCUGGGUCUUAAGUGUCCCUAUCGCGGCGUCUGCUCAUUCGCAAUGGAACACCAAUUAUUCAUCAGUCGCCAUGAUGGCAUUUGGACCGCGAGAGCCCAACAGCCCGGCGGAUCAAGUCCGAAAGGCGUGGGCACGGCGUCUGCAUGGGUUCGGCGUCGAGAUGGAGGACAGAGACGCCCUACUCAGGUACCUCGGCUCGAAACAUGGCAACGAGGAGGUUUACAAGCUGGCGGUGGAGUUCCUCUGGCUGCAGCGGGCUUGGUGA